AUGUUUCUCGUUUUCUUUUCAAAAUUCAAAAACAAUACACAUUUGAAGGAAUUAGGGGUGUUUUUCUUGAAGUCGUUUUGGGAAGGAAACCCCCUGGUCGGAUCCGCUGUCAACUUUGUUUCAGUGAAUGAAGAAGAGGGCGCUACACAUUAG